CCGGGGGAUGAGUGCGGUGCCGGGGCACGGGGGAGGGAGAGGAGAAGACACCGGGGAGGAGCCAGGGUGACAUGGGACGUUAUCAGGGGCCCUCAGGAUCUGCUCAUGGGCCGGAGGGGCACCCAGGAGGGUCUGUGUGACGACAGGGCGGAAGGGGGCACUGAGGGCGGGAAUGGGAGCUACAGUGAGGGUGCUGAGGAAGAGGAUGAGAUCAGGGACCUGCAAGAGGCUCCAAUGAGUGAUGAACGGAGUCCGAGGUCAUCAGAACGGGGUUCUGUGGAGACAAUCAGCGGCUGCAUUGGCAUAGAACUGUGUGAGACCUUUAACUUCUGGGAACUCAACUUGCCGCCAUCAUGAACACUAUUUUACUUACACCUUUGUGGUGCCUGCUUGUUCUCUUUCUGCUACCCCCAGCUUUUUGUAAAGAAGGCAGUAAGAAGUUACAAAUUGGGGUGAAGAAGAGAGUGGAAAAUUGCCCCAUUAAAUCUCGUAAGGGGGACACCCUCAACAUGCAUUACACAGGGAAGCUGGAAGAUGGCACAGAGUUUGAUAGCAGCAUACCCAGAAAUCAACCUUUCACCUUCACUCUAGGCGCCGGACAGGUCAUUAAGGGCUGGGACCAAGGUCUGCUGGGAAUGUGCGAGGGAGAGAAAAGGAAGCUGGUUAUUCCUCCAGAACUGGGAUAUGGAGAUAGAGGAGCACCACCCAAGAUACCAGGCGGAGCCACUCUUAUAUUUGAGGUGGAGCUGUUAAGCAUUCAAAGGAGACCGGAAUUGUAAAUUGUGAGGGUGGGGGGGUGUCUCAUUCCUUUGUACGGGGUCCUGUUUGUGCUGGAAGGCAGCGUCUUACACAGUGCUGAAUAAACACAGACACGAAAA